AUGGCCGAAGCGCAGAGUCUGGUCUACAUCAAGGUGCAGCAGGCGGCGUACAUCGAGAUUGCGGACAACACCUUCGCGCAUUUGCAUAGUCUGUCCCUGGACUGGCACUUGCGAAAGAAGAUGGGGAAUGUGAUCCGCUCCAUGGACAGAGGCAUCCAGGCUGCGCAGCAGACCAUGCAGUACGUGUUCCUCUACCUGAUACCAACUCUGGUCGAGGCCUUCGCUGUCACCUUGAUCUUUAUCUUCCACUUCAACAACAUGCAAUUGGCGGUCUUUGUCUUCCUGAACUUGUUCCUCUACAUCUACUCCACUGUGCAGGUCACCCUCUGGCGGAAGCAGUUCCGAACGGCGACCACCAAGCACGACAACGACCUGCACGACUGCCUCACUGACUCGCUGGUGAACUACGAGACCGUAAAGUAUUUCACUGCGGAGCACUAUGAGCGGAGUGUGUACCGAUCCUUGGUGGAGAAGUUUCAGCAGACCUCGAUGACCACUCAGGCUUCCCUGUCGCUGCUGAACAUCCUGCAGCAGCUCAUCGUGAACUUCACGCUCUGCGGCGGCAUGAUCCUAGCCACUAUGCGGGUGCUGCAGGCCAAUGGGAGCUUAGGGGAGUUCGUGGCCGUCAACGCGUACAUCAUCAACGUCUUCACGCCGUUGAAUUUCCUGGGUACCAUUUACAACAUGGUGGUGAACGCCGUCGUGGACAUGCGGAGCUUCGGCCAGCUGUUGGCGGAAACCUCGGAGGUGCAGGAUGCUGCGGGCGCGCCGGACCUGGACCUGAGGCCGCGGAAUGCGGCCAUGGUGGUCUUUGAGAAGGUGUGCUUCCACUACAGCAAGCAGCCUCUGGGGAGGUCCAUCAAGGACGUGGAUUUCCAGAUCCCCCGCGGGGGCUCCUUGGCGCUUGUGGGCACCACCGGCGCCGGCAAGACCACCGUCACUAGGCUUCUCUUCCGCUUUUACGACACGGUCUCCGGCCGCGUGUUGGUGAACGGCCAGGAUGUGAAGACCAUCACCCAGCGCUCCUUGCGGGCGGCCAUUGGCAUGGUGCCGCAGGACGUGGUCCUUUUCAACAGCACCAUCGCCCACAACCUGCGCUAUGGCAACGUGGACCAGGCCACACAGGCGGACAUCGAGAAGGCGGCGCAGAGCGCGCAGCUGGACGCCUUCAUCGCAGCCCAAGCGCUGGGCUACGAGACCAUCGUGGGUGAGCGCGGCUUGAAGCUCAGCGGCGGGGAGAAGCAGCGCUUAGCCAUCGCCCGGUGCCUGGUGAAGGAUCCCCCCAUCGUGGUGCUGGACGAAGCGACGAGCGCCUUGGACUCCGAAACGGAGCAGAAGAUCCAGCAGGCGCUGAACGUGCUGAGCGCCUCGCGCACGGUGAUUGCCAUCGCUCAUCGCUUGAGUACCAUCAAGGCCUACGAUGAGAUCUGCGUGCUGCAGUCCGGGGAGAUUGUGGAGAGGGGCAGCCACGAGCAGCUGAGCGGCUCGGCUGGCCACUACAGCGCCAUGUGGAAGCGCCAAGCGGCGGGCAUCAUGGACGACGCGGAGGAGAGUCCAAGUGCUGGCCUCAACCUGGAGAGCCCAUGA